UUUACUGUGUCCAGUCUUGAAGUUGGUGGUCACGUGACAGAGUUGUUUCUGUUUCACUUUCCGGCAGUAUGUGCAGUAAUUCAUUCGGAGCGGCAGCACAGCCACAGGAAUGCGUGUUUGUUGCCUCAUAGUGAAAUUGGAAAAAGGCAGCCUAUUUCUAUUCCAGCGCUGUGUGUGAGAGAGGGAGAGUCUCUGGGGACAGGAGGCUAAUAGGAGUUCUGGACCUGAUCAGAGAAAGUCUGAAGAGAAAAUGCCCCCAAGGAGAAGUAAACUCCCUGUUCCUCUUCCAGAAGGAUGGAAAGUUACAGACACCAGCAAAAAAUCUUGGAGGUUGGGUAAAAUGAUCGGCAAAGGCGGCUUUGGGCUCAUCUAUUUAGCUUCUCCACAGUGUGAUACACCAGUGGGCGAUGAUGCAGUCCAUGUAAUAAAAGUGGAGUACCAUCAAAACGGACCUUUGUUUUGUGAGUUGAAAUUUUACCAAAGAGCAGCAAAGCCAGACAAUAUUACAAAAUGGAAAGCCCAUAAGAAACUAGAUUAUUUGGGCAUACCCAAGUACUGGGGAUCCGGAGAAACUACAUUCAAUUCUCAAAGUUACAGGUUUAUGGUGAUGGAUCGACUCGGUGUGGAUCUUCAAACAAUACUGAACAAAAACAAUGGGAAAUUUUCCAUGCAAAGAGUUAUGCAAUUAGGUAUUUGUAUGUUGGAUGUCUUGGAAUUCAUACAUGAAAAUGAAUAUGUACACUGUGAUAUAAAAGCAGCAAACAUUCUUUUAAGCUACACCAACCAGACUGAGGUUUAUCUUGCAGAUUAUGGACUUUCUUACAGAUACUGCCCCAAUGGGAACCACAAAGAGUAUAAAGAAAACCCAAGAAAAGGCCACAACGGGACCAUUGAGUUUACUAGUUUAGAUGCCCACAAGGGAGUUGCUCCAUCGAGACGAGGGGACCUAGAGAUCCUUGCUUAUUGCAUGCUGUUCUGGUUAUGCGGGAGUCUGCCAUGGGAUGACAACCUGACAAAUCCUACUGCUGUUCAAGAUUUAAAAGCAAAACUCCUGAGCAAUCUCCCUGAUUCUGUAGUGGAAUGGACAGCUGGCGAGGACGGAUCCUAUGAAAUUGCCAUGUUUAUGAAAGAAAUUUGCCAUUUAGCAUAUGACGCAAAGCCAGAUUAUGGAGCCCUGAAGAGAAUCCUUUCAAAUCCUCUGGCCUCCAGUGGAACAGACCGUAAUUUCACUUUGACUUCCAACCCAGUGAUAUCCCAGCCAAGAAGACGUCCCAUGACUUCCAAAGCAACAACACAUAUCAAGAAGAGAGAUUCAGGAGACACCGACUCGCCAUUCAGGGAUUUGGAAGAGUUUGAGGAGACAAAAAUCCAGGGGACAAAACUGAAAUCGACACAGGCCAAGCCCAGAGUCUUGGGGAAAAAGGAAGAGCGGGGAAAGAAGAGAAGGGAGAAGAAAGAAGAAGAAGUGCUGGCAAAUUUAGAAGAAGCAAAUGCUCAGUGGAUAAAUCGAGAAGAUUUCGAGGAGACAGAAUCACAGCGGAAAGCUCUCAGCAGAAACCCAACGUUACACAUAAGGUCAAAGAACAGAAGACAAGUUUAUAUUGAAAAAGACUAUGACACGGACAGUGUGGGCUACUAUGAUCAACAAGACUUCAGUGCACCACAGAGACCAUCUCAGUUCUUCUCAGGAGAAAGGGAGGACGGCCAUACUUGUUUUGUACAGGAUACGGGGAUUUCAAAGAGACGUUUGAGUUACACAUAUCCUGCAGAAGAUGAAGAAGAACCGUUUCCAAACAGAUACCAAAAUUCAUCAAUCUUUCAGGACGUUUCUACCUCCGAUGACAAUUCUGAAGUCAGUCGUCAUUAUUGCAGAGACCUUUGUAAAUACGGUGUGGCCAUUCCUGUGCUUUUGCUGACAAUUUACAUUGUAUUUUAUGGGUUUUGAUGGAUUCAGCCGAUUUCUCAAAUCAUCUCUGUCCGACAGGAAACUUCUGAAUGCGUCACGAUUUCUUGUUCGACAUUUUUAGGGUAAUGGGCUAGAAGAAAAGCAAGAAUAUUGAAGUAAACCGAGUGCAAACAAUGUUUUAGUAAUUGUAACAAAACUCAGUCUUUCUCUU